AUUAAUUUAUAGAUUUUUACUGUAAGACAAUUCUUUUUCAACGAAUCGUCGUAUCUUUGGAAAAAACCCUAAUACUCUGGCGGCCCCUGCAACGCCUUUAUCCAGCCUCUAUACGGCGAGAUCGUGAUUAGUUGUGUGAAUAGAAGAAAGAAACUAAUGAUCAUUACAAAGGAUAAUAUGCGAUCAGAGGAAGAUAGUAUAAGCCAGUUACCUGAUGUUUUAAUACAUGACAUACUUAGUCAUCUUUCUACAAAAGAUGCUGUGAGAACAAGUGUAUUGGCUACCAGAUGGAGAAAUCUUUGGCAACACGUUGUUGGAUUGGACUUGAAAUCCCGCCAUUUCCAGAAUUGCAGUGAGUUUGUGAGUUUCACUGACCGGUUUUUCAGUUACCACAAGGACUCUUUGAUCUCCAAAGUCUGUCUAAGUAUUUGUGAUAACUUGAUUAUCACCCCAUGGAUUGAUCUUGUGACUGCAAGAGGGAUUCAGCAUCUUGAUAUAUUUUUCGAAAUCGCUUAUACAUUAAGUCUGAUACCCCUGAGCUUAUAUACCUGUGAGACAUUGGUACGCUUACGGCUCGCUCAUGUCUUCUUGGUUAAUACUGAGUUUGUUUCUUUACCUUGCCUAAAGAUCAUGGAUUUAGAAGUUGUUCGCUGUCCCAAUGAGGCCACGUUGGAGAAACUUAUUUCGGGGUCUUUAGCUCUGGAAGAUUUGAAGAUCUUUCGGUACUCUGUUAAAGUUGCAAAGGGUUUACAAGUGCGCUCUCGGACGCUAAAGAGAAUUCACCUAUAUACAUUUUACAACGUUCUGAUUGAGGCUCCUCUACUCCAGUGUUUGAAGACUGAUGUUAACUUGAGAAAUCAAUUUGAGAUCAUCCAUUCGGGUUUCUUAGACAAAGUAGAUAUUUUCUUUUAUGGUGUCCAUCAUAAUGACCUUGGCGGGAGAAGAUUGACUCGUGAUAUCCUCACUGCUAUGUCGAUGGUCAGCGAUCUAUUUAUUCGUUGUAGUUUUUGGGAGGAAAUCAUUCCAUACAUCUUUCCAGACUCGAAGCUUCAGUUUUGUUCCUUGUCAAGAUUGACGAGUCAAUAUAUUUACCUUGAUCUGGAAAUGUUACUAAAUCUACUUCAGAGCUGCCCAAAACUAGAAUCUCUCAACUUGUUGAUAGGGGAUGCCUCCUUGGUUUAUAGAGAAAAUAGAGAAGCAAAAGCGAUGUCUUCGACAGUGCCUCCAUGUUUGGUGUCAUCCCUCAAGUUUAUGGAAUUGAAAAGUCGAAUCUUCGUAUAUGAAAGAGAAAUGAAACUAGUAAAGUAUUUCCUGGAGAAUUCAACAAUCCUGGAGAAACUGACAAUAAGUCUUCGUGAUGACAAUAGCAUUAAGGCAAAGCAUGUCAUCCUCGGUGAAAUCCUUGCUAUGCAAAGAUGCUCGAGCACUUGCCAAGUUCUUGUUCUUUAAUUGGUAGUUGAACAGUUGGGUUUUGUAGUUGAGGCUAUUUUUGUAGUUGUUAAAUUGAUUAAUUUAAUCAGUUGGGUUUUUAGGCAAAAUAUUUUAAUGGUUUAAUUCUUUAUAUAGUGUAUAGGACG